AUGCUCUCCAGAUCAACUCGCAGAUUCGCACCAAAGAUACUCCAAUCGGCAUCGAGAAACUUCUCCAAACAAACAUCAACAAGACUGCUAAGACAGAACCCGGCAGCUUCCAUAUUGCAAACACCCUCAUCACCACAUGUAUCAUUUCAAAAAUUGACAAAUUUCACUUUGGCUCAACGUUGGGCCUCCACUUCAGUGAAAGUUCCUCAAAUGGCUGAAUCAUUGACAGAGGGAUCUCUAAAGGAAUUCACCAAGGCUGUCGGUGAUUUCAUCGAGCAAGAUGAAUUGCUGGCCACCAUCGAGACAGAUAAGAUCGAUAUUGAAGUCAUCGCUCCAGUAUCAGGUACUGUCUCCAAAUUAAAUUUUAAACCGGAGGAUACUGUCACUGUCGGUGAAGAAUUGGCUACCAUUGAAGAAGGUGAAGGAUCUGCUUCUAAGUCUGAAGCUGAAACACCAGCUCCUGCUGCAUCUGAAAAUACUGCCGACGCCGCUCCAGCAAAGGAAGAAGCCAAACCGGCUGCUGAAGCUAAAAAGGAAAAGGCUGCUUCAAAACCUUCUCCUACCCCAACAAAACCUGCUAGUAAACCAAAGGAAGAACCUAAAAUGGCAAAACCUUCAUUUACUUCCUUUUCUCGUAAUGAAACAAGAGUGAAAAUGAAUAGAAUGAGAAUGAGAAUUGCCGAAAGAUUAAAGGAAUCUCAAAAUACAGCAGCUUCAUUGACCACUUUCAAUGAAGUAGAUAUGUCCUCUUUAUUGGAAAUGAGGAAACUAUACAAGGAUGAAAUAAUUAAAUCCCAAGGUGUCAAAUUCGGUUUCAUGGGUCUUUUCUCCAAAGCCUGUGUUAUCGCUGCCAAGGAGUUCCCAGGUGUCAACGGAGCCAUUGAAGGUGAUCAAAUUGUUUAUAGAGAUUACGUCGAUAUUUCUGUCGCCGUGGCAACUCCAAAGGGGUUAGUCACUCCAGUCAUUCGUAACGUGGAAUCUCUCUCCGUGUUAGAAAUUGAACAAGAAAUUGUAAAUAUGAGUAAGAAGGCUCGUGAUGGGAAAUUAACUUUGGAAGAUAUGACUGGUGGUACUUUUACAAUUUCUAAUGGUGGUGUCUUUGGUUCAUUAUUUGGUACUCCAAUUAUUAAUACGCCUCAAACCGCAGUCUUAGGUUUACAUGGUGUCAAGGAAAAACCAGUAAGUAUAAAUGGACAAAUCGUAUCAAGACCAAUGAUGUAUUUGGCAUUGACAUAUGAUCAUAGAUUACUGGAUGGUAGAGAAGCUGUAACUUUCUUGAAGAACGUUAAGGAAUUGAUCGAAGAUCCAAGAAAGAUGACAUUGUUCUAA